AUGGAAGAGCACUUGUCUAAGAUGGCCAUGAUGCCAGGGUCUCCCCCCAGCAGGUCUCCAGGGGCCGGGGUUGACGACCGAGGAGCCAAGAGCCCCGCUCCGGGCAAAGCCCUGAGUCCCGCGCUGCUGUGCAAGGUGUGCGGAGACACCAGCAGCGGGAAGCACUACGGCAUCUACGCCUGCAACGGCUGCAGCGGCUUCUUCAAGCGCAGCGUCCGCCGCAGGCUCAUCUACAGGUGCCAGGCCGGGACGGGCAUGUGUCCCGUGGAUAAGGCCCAUCGCAACCAGUGCCAGGCCUGUCGCCUGAAGAAGUGCUUACAGUCGGGCAUGAACAAAGACGCCGUGCAGAACGAGCGCCAGCCCCGUAGCUCCGCCCAGGUCCGCCUCGACUCCAUCGACGUGGACCCCGAGAAGGACCACCUGGCCACCACCCGGGACCCGGCCUCCUCCUCCUCGUCCUCCUCCUCGACCUCCUCCACGGGCUCCGUCAUCACGUGGCCCCACAUCACCUCCGCCGCCCUGUCCAUGGCCUCCACCGGGGCCUCCCAGCGCUGUGGCAGCCCCCAGAGCAACCACCGCUUCAUGGCCAGCCUCAUGACGGCCGAGACCUGCGCCAAGCUGGAGCCCGAGGACGUGGACGAGAACAUCGACGUGACCAGUAACGAGCCCGAGAGAGCCUCCUCGGAGUACCACAUGGCCCUCUACCCCUGCAGCUCGGAGAACGUCUACGAGACCUCCGCCCGCCUGCUCUUCAUGUCCGUCAAGUGGGCCAAGAACCUCCCGGUCUUCUCCAACCUGCCCUUCAGGGACCAGGUCAUCCUCCUGGAGGAGGCGUGGAGCGAGCUGUUCCUGCUGUGUGCCAUCCAGUGGUCCCUCCCCCUGGACAGCUGCCCGCUGCUGUCCCUGCCCGACCUGUGCCCCGGCAUGCAGGGCAAGGCCAGCUACAGCAGCCUGGACCUGCGGCUGCUCCAGGAGGUGUUCAGCCGCUUCAAGGCCCUGGCCGUGGACCCCACCGAGUUCGCCUGCCUGAAGGCGGUGGUCCUGUUUAAGCCAGAGACUCGGGGUCUGAAGGACCCGGAGCAGGUGGAGAACCUCCAGGACCAGUCCCAGGUGAUGCUGGGGCAGCACAUCCGCUCCCACUACCCCGCCCAGCCCGCCAGGUUCGGGAAGCUGCUGCUGCUGCUCCCCUCGCUGCGCUUCGUCAGCUCAGAGCGGAUAGAGCUCCUCUUCUUCCACAGGACCAUCGGCAACACCCCCAUGGAGAAGCUGCUGUGUGACAUGUUCAAGAACUGAGCAGAACCCUUUCCCCCGGGACGUCCCGGUGUCCGGUCUGGGAGUCUAAGAACCACAGGAGAGCAGAGACUGGCUGU